GAGGUGGUGGGGGUAGGAAGCUAGGGUUAGAGGGAGCCGGUAAGGCUAGAACCCCGAGCGUGGUCGGUUGGAGAAAAUAUGUCUGUUCGGAGGCACAUUGGCAAUCCUGAGUAUCUGACAAAAAGGAUACCACAAAACCCCAAGUAUCAACAUGUCAAGUCAAGACUGGACACUGGUAACAGUAUGACUAAAUAUACUGAGAAGCUAGAAGAGAUAAAAAAAAAUUAUAGAUACAAAAAAGAUGAGCUUUUCAAGAGACUGAAAGUUACAACUUUGGCCCAGCUGGUCAUCCAAGUUGCUUCCCUGUCUGAUCAAACACUGGAAGUGACAGCUGAGGGGAUUCAAAGGCUAGAAGACAACGAUUCUGGGACUUCAGACCCUGACGCGGAAAGCACUGCCAGGACCAAUGGGAAAGGGAGUCCUGGUGAGCAAUCGCCUAGUCCCGUCCACUUCAUAAACAACUCCGGAGCCGGGGACUCCAGUCGCUCAACGCUUCAGAGCGUCAUCAGUGGUGUUGGGGAGCUGGAUGUAGACAAAGGGCUUGUGAAGAAAGCAGAGCCCAACACCAAAGACAAACCUUAUCCCGACUGUCCCUUCCUGCUGCUAGAUGUGCGAGAUAGAGACUCUUACCAGCAGUGCCACAUUGUUGGAGCUUACAGUUACCCAAUUGCAACUCUGUCAAGAACAAUGAACCCUUACUCAAAUGAUAUUCUCGAAUAUAAAAACGCCCACGGCAAGAUCAUCAUUCUAUACGAUGAUGACGAGAGACUGGCCAGCCAGGCGGCCACCACCAUGUGUGAGCGGGGCUUCGAGAACCUCUUCAUGCUUUCCGGAGGUCUAAAAGUGUUAGCUCAGAAAUUUCCAGAAGGACUGAUCACUGGUUCCCUGCCAGCAUCCUGCCAACAGGCCUUUCCUCCUGGUUCUGCCCGGAAAAGAUCCAGCCCCAAAGUGCCGCCCCUACCAGCUGAGAACAAAUGGAGAUUGACCCCAGAAGACUUAAAAAAGAUAGAAUAUUACCUGGAAGAGGCUCAGGGUCCUGCAGAAAAUCCUAGCUGGCUGAACCAAGCUAACUCCUCUGCAAGAGACUCCAGGGGUGGAAGAGACUCCAAGGUUCCCGCUGGCCCCCCGAACACCCGCUCCCUCAGCAGCGGCCCCCCACGAGGCAAGCCCUGGAAGUAAAGACUCCGUCUCUCUUAGUCAAAUAAAUGUUUCCCUCCUUUCGGAAGCCCUGAGCACUUCCCAGGUUGGUCAUUUUGAGAAACUGCUCAGAGGAAAGACCACGACCUACGGGUACGCUAGGCCCCGUCGUCUCCCCACCUCCACCUUCUCCCCACAUCCACUCGGGAAGGAUCUUGGCAAGUAACCACCAAACCCAGAGGCCUGCCAGGCUCCAGUACCAUCCCCGUUGUUUACAGAAUAUUUACAUCUUUGAAACCGAGUAGGAAAAAAAAAAAAAGGUGUACUUUUUUUAGGCUUUUAUUUGGUUUAAUACGGUCCAGCGUCUCUGGUCGCUACCGGAUGUUGUUUUGUAAAUAUGUACGUCUGCUGGUUUGUUCUUCCCAACUCUCUUUUUCUCUCAUUGCUCUGGUUUGACAAAGGGCUCCCAAGCAGGCUUUCAUGACAAUGACCUUGGAAGCUGUGCCAGCGCUGUGGACAUUCUGAGGUCUAGGCAGCCCGUAGGCCCCACACCAGGUGUGGGCCCUUGCUCAGGAAAUCUCUUCCAGCACACACUGAAGGCUUUGUCGGUGGCUGUGAGCAUGGCUUGAUUUUAAGAUUCUGUAGAGUAACUCUCACCCUUCCUGAACCUUCCACCUCACUACAUGUUUUCCUGGAUCCAGUCAAGGUGAUGAUGUGCUUAGCUGCCCUAACACAGUUGAGGAGGGACCCUCCAGGAGAAGCCAGUCCUUUGUAUCAGGGCUAAACCCACUUAGCGUCCCUCACUGCCGGGGGUUGCCCAGCUCGGGCUCAUCCCUGUUAGCUGUGGAAACCGCACCCACUUGAAAACAUCAGCCUCAGUGGGGCAAUUGUGGGCACACUAGGUGAGGAGGGCUCCACAGCUCUUUGUCAGAGCAGACAACCCCUUAAACCCUUGCUUAAAAAUACAGUAUUAGUCUAAUUGAGUAAUUAGUGCAAUUUUCUGCCUACUUUUCAUUCUCACGACUGAGCUAUGAUUAGGAGGUUGUGAUUAUAGAUUCUGAUUUGGGCCGGAAUUUUGAAUCAGCGUUAAUUGAAUUGCUGGAUGACUGACGUUCAUUUCAUUUAAUUGGGGGAACAAAAGACUGCAGGUAAGGAUGAGGAGCUCUGAAAUCAUAAGGACAGAGCCUUGUUAAUUUUUAUGGUCUGUGAUCUGUAGCUGCGAUAAAGGACUAAGGAGUAAAUUGUGCUCUUUGUCAUGGCAACCAACUUCUGAAAAGCCAACUGAAAAUUGCCUGUCCUUAGGUGGUUACUGCUGCUGGAUAAGAUUUGCCUUAAUGGUACUAUUUUCUCGCCACUGGGGGAAAAAACAUGCCACAGUAUUUUAACAUGGGGGGAGGAGGGCUGUGUUUGUUAGAGAAAUAAAGGCAAUAAAGAUCUCGUAGAGACAUAUGGAAAAAUAACACUCAGAUUCAGCCCGGUUCUCUUUUAGGAUAUGUUUAUUCUUCUCUUCUACUUGAUUUCCAAAGUGCAACAUUUUCCGAUGCUUUAGAAAUCACACAAACCAGGGACAUUGUUCAGAUGUCAAGCCGUGCCCAAUUUUCCGCAAGAUUCAAGAAUCUUGUCGAGAAUUUAGCCAACGUACACAUAGCUUUAAUGAGCAGCCUGUCAUGUUUCCCCAUAAAUUUAUUGCCUGAGAACUUAGUUCAGCCUUUCACUGAUGCCAGAAUGCUCUGGCGUUUUAUUUUCUUUAUAGUGUAGAUAGAAAAAUGCAAGCGUUUCCACACUCAGCCUUCCCCCAGCAGAGACAAGAUUUUCAGUCAUUUUGGACACAUACACGUCUUUAAGAAAAACAUAUUUUCCUCUGUAACAAAAUUCUGGUUACGCCAUUUUAAAGUUGUCUGGUCAGGGCUUUAGACUUCCCCACCCAGUUCUAGUGUGAAAGUAAAAUGGUGGCUCCUCUCUGGCCCUGUGCUGUGUUCCGUCUGCAAACACCACCAGGACGGUAGCAACGACUGUGUAUGUGUAGAAAGGCAGUUUAGCCAACCCUGUUAGCACUGCCGCAUAUUAACCCCUGAACGGGCAAGUUGAAGAUAUUUAUGUGUAUUGCUCUGCAGUACUUUGCCGUGUUGGCAAGGAUUUUAAAGAACCACUCCACAAGAGACCUGUUUCGACUCUGCACUUUGCGUGUUAAAUGUUGCUAGCAGAUGUUUUCUACAUGCUCGAGGUAUUGCUUUUAAUGUUCGACUUCACUAGUUUCUUCAUUAGAUUAAUUGACAUGUAUUAUUUAAACGAUCAGUGAUAUUUUGUGCAAUUAUGAAUGUCGACGAUUAAAGUACCCUGUAAUUAA